GUGUUGAUGGCCAGCUUGCAAGCGAGGUCUCCCGGCGAGGGUGCAGGAUAUUCGCCUAUUCCUGUUGUACCACCGACGACUGCAGGCUGGACUACUUCAACUUGGCCAACCUCAACUUGGACCUCCUGGACGUCGAGCUUGACCACUAGUUGGACUACAACUACGGCGGUCUCAACCAUCACUGCGGCGCCUUGUCCUUGCGACGAGACGACGACGACAAGUGUUGUUCCUAUCCAGACCACUACCGGCAGUCCGGCCUCCGUUGUUGUAUACCAGCACCACCAUAGCGGAUUGGCGCCCGGCGUAGUGGGCGGGAUCGUUAUCGGGGUCUUCUUUGGCGUCCUUUUGCUGGUCCUCCUCUGCAUCUUCUGCUUCCGUGCCUCCCGUCGACCGUAUUACUACGAAUCAGACGAGUCAUCAACGUCGUCACGCCGUCGGCGACCGAUCGGUAUCGACCCCUACCCGUCUCGUCCGAACGCCAACUUGACCUUCGUCGGCGGAGGCAAUCAACGGGAUACAAGGGUCGUCGUUACAAGAAGGGAGAAAGUGUUUAUUAGGCCGCCGCCCAGGACUGUUCGGACAACAACGAGGAUCAAAGACAGGGUGGUGGUGGUGGAGGAGGAC